AUGGACCUGAACUGCCUGGACAUGGCCAACCAGACCCAGGUCUCCGAGUUCAUCCUCCUCGGCCUUUCUGAGCAGCCCCGGCAGCAGCAGGCGCUCUUGGGGCUCGUCUGCAGCCUGUAUCUGAUUGGGUGCCUGGGGAACCUGCUCACCAUCCUGGCCAUCGUCUCAGACCCUCGCCUGCACAGCCCCAUGUACUUCUUCCUCAGCAACUUAUCUCUCCUUGACGUCUGCUUCACCUCCACCACCAUCCCCAAGAUGCUGCUGAACCACCUGUGCGGGCUCACCACCAUCUCCUCCUCCGCUUGCCUGGUCCAGAUGUAUUUCUUCAUCACCUUUGGGGCAGCCGACAGCAUCCUUCUCUCGGCCAUGGCUUAUGACCGCUACCUGGCCAUCUGCCGCCCGCUGCACUACAUGACGAUCAUGAGCAUGCUUCGGUGUGCCUCGCUGGUGGCGGUAACCUGGGUUGUGGCCAGCUUCAUCUCCUUGGUCCACACUAUUCUGAUGACCCGGUUGUCCUUUCACGCCAGUAGGAUCCCACACUUCUUCUGCGACAUCAACGCCUUAAUCAAGCUCUCCUGCUCUGACACGCAAGUCAACGAGAUGCUGAUGUUGGUGCUUGGGGGUUCAGGGGUUCUGGUCCCUUUUGUGUGCAUCAUGGCCUCUUACACACUCAUCGCUGUGGCUGUGUGGAAGGUGCCCUCGGCCCGGGGGAAGUGGAAAGCGUUCUCCACCUGUGGCUCUCACCUUUGUGUCGUCUCUCUCUUCUACGGGACUAUCAUUGGGGUCUACUUCAACCCUGCAUCCACACACACCACCUACAGGGACAUGGCAGCCACAGUGAUGUACACCAUGGUGACCCCCAUGCUGAACCCUUUCAUCUACAGCCUGCGGAACCGGGAUCUGAGGAGCGCCCUCAGGAGGCUUCUCAGCCAGAACCACUUUGCUAAGGCUCUUUGA